GAUUUCCCGCUUGGCUUGAGUCGUUCGGUGCGGUCUGACAGAACUUCAGGUCACGAUUUUCAGCAUCGAGCAUUUUUUGGAGGACACAUUUUCCAGUACUCCAGUCAGACUGGCGGUUGUACGUUACUGACCGAUUCGGAAGAGCCUUCAGAAGUUCAGAAUGGAGUUGGGGAAAUUGUCUACCGCUCAAUUAAUAACGGAGCUAAGGCAGUUUGGUAUAGAAGUCUCUGAAGAGGAGAGGAAAAAAUUUGAGGACAAUGAUGUGGAUGGAGAGACUGUUGACGUUGGUCUGACGGAGUCAAUGGUUUCAUUCCUAUUUGAGGGAUCUUUUAAGAAGCAGGCAAAAUUCCUUAGAUUUGUCCAAGAGAUGAAGGAAACGGUGAUAACGCUUGAACCUGUGCCUGCAGAAUGCCUUUUGCAGUCUUCAGCUGGAGCAAGUAAUAUCAGCCGAUCAGCAGCUUUUCCUGAGUUCCUAAGUUUCUUUUUGAUGUUCAGGCUAAAUUGGACCAAAAACAAAGCAACCUUUCAGCAUCAGAUAGGAUCAAAAUUAUAAGAACAUUGUAUGAAAGCAUGGCUCGGUACAGUAUGUAUCUGACUAAUGAAGAGUAUGUUGAAGUGGUGAAGGCCCUGACUCUGAGGUACCCCUUUUUAAAGGACAAAGAGGGCAAUGGAUAUCACACAUGGCACAUGUGUCUGAAAUGCAAGUUUAAAUUUGAGCGGACACCUUUGGCUGAUGUUGAAGAAGUGAAAAGACUUAAACGGAAGUUUGGUCAUUCAAAAAAGUCUCUGCAACAUGAAAAAAGCACUUGCAAACAAAUUACAAGGCCUGUGGACAUGGAUGUCGUUGGAGAGGAUGCUACCUCAAUAGAGGGACAUGUGAAAGUCCUACAGGACCAAUAUCGAAAGACACAGCCAGAUACUCGCAUUGCUGAAGAGCGAAUGAGGAGGACCUUUGCCUGGAGGCAGAAGGAGAUUACUGGUGGGAUGACUGUUGAAGAUGUUGUCAACAAAUAUCCAUUCUUGAAGAGUCCAUCAGGGCUUUAUCAAGAAAUUGGUUUCCUGUAUAAGUCUGUUAAUCUCUGCUGGCACUUUCAAGAAAAUUUUGGAAACAUUGCAUCCAGUGUGCUACAGCUUGCGAAAGGGAAAUCUCUUUUAGCAAAGCCGCACAAAGCAGCUAGAGAAGAAUCUCUCGUUGAAGACCAUCUUGGAAUUGAUUUCAAAGCAGCACUUCUCAUGUUGCCAGCCUUGUUCAGAGAGAAGCUUGAACACUUCAUUGUGCUUGGGGAGAGUGAACCAUCUUCACCAUAUCCAACUGUUCAAGUACAGGAAGCCACUGACUGGAAAAAUGUGCUUACAAGAAGAGUCACUGCAGUCGUCAGAGCUGAUGGGAUAGAGAUCUGCCGGGCUAGCGGUGUGGAUGAAGGGGCUCUUGCUGCAUUUUGUGCCUAUUUCGUCUUCAAUUUGACAUAUCCAACUCACUUGAAAAACACCCUGGUGUUUCUUCAGCGGUAUGUUUUGAAACUUACUGUGGAUGGUGACAAGCCUCUACCUACCCCAGUUACCAGAGUAAUCAACCUUUUACAGUAACAUCUGCAAAAAUGCCUCGCCCGUUCUGUUGUCCUAAAUGCUCUCUGAGAACAUUCACAAUUGUCAAAUUAAUCCAGCACAUUGGUCUCAUUCAUGCUCAUGAGGCAAAUUUUUCAAUAACUUGUGGUCUUAAUGACUGUCAGAGAACAUUUUCAAAGUACGAGUCCUUUAGAUGUCAUGUUUACCGAAAGCAUAAACAUAUGGUGUUACAACGGACUAUGAAUGAUGUUCCUCUGCCUCUGUUUAAGGACGUCGAGGAAGAAUGUCCUAAUGAUAGUGUUGCAUUUUCUGCCCCCCCCAAACAUGAAGGAGCUCUUUUCAGCAAUUUAGAGAGAACCUAUGUGCCUUCGUUCUGAAAUGCAGAGAAAAAAAUCAUCUGCCUCAGUCAGUGCAGCAAGACAUUUUGGAUGAUGUUAAUUUCUUAUUUAGUUUUUUAAAGAGAACUAUGAUGCAUUUCUUGCAUAUCAUCUAUAAAAAAAAAUGGAUUUGAUCUUGCUGCAUGUCCGGAACUUCAGGAAGUGCUACAGUCCCCUGACUUUUUUUCAGAGGCCUCAAGACUUGUUAGGUCUCCAAACAUGUUCAAAGAGUUUUGCAAAUCAAAAUUUCAGAUGACUGAACCUGUGCAGUACACACUAAGAGACUCAAGUGGUAACAAGACUGGAAGUUACUCUUACGUUCCUAUUUGUAAGAUUUUAAGGAAAUACUGUUCUCAUGAGGACAUUUAUUAGCACUAGGUAUUCUUGCUGAAGAACAACUGCCCUAUGCUGUAAACCUCAAUGUGCAGCACAUGAUAUAGCCUGUUUAAUUAGCCGUAUAUCAAUGUAUAACAGUUCUUUUAUUUUGCUGAUUUGAUUUGUAAGGAUUCUACAGUAUAGACAAUUUCUUGUAUUCCUGUUAAAAAAAUGUAAAGGCGUUACUGUUUAAAAUACUGUUUUAUACCUCAGAUUAUAUUUGUUGAGUAAUGUCUGAUGAGCUUUUAUGUGCAAUGAACAAUUAAUUGUCUUGACUCACACCUACUGUUGUGAGAUGAUGU